UUUUUUAAUAACAGAUUUAAGUGCAGCUUCUUAGCAAUGUUUAGUAAGAAACCAUUUUCUUAAAAUUAGGGAAUGUCAGCCGGUUGCAGACAAACUGGAAAGCAUUAUUUGUCAGUCGAAAUUCCUAAGGAUAUAAGAGAAGGGAAACCCCAAAACGUUGUCUGUAGAUAGCAGUGUUUGUCACGAUAAUAAUAAAUAACAAUAAUAGCAUAAUAACAGGAGGGAAAAAUAUCAUUGGAAUACUUACUAUCAAAGAGGCAUUUAGGGCUAAGAUUUAAUUUUUAAAUCAUGAGGAUAAAUAUCGAGAAAGGGUGAACUGUACAGUAUUGGCUUUUCAUACUUUAAGUUUGGUGAAAAUGAAGUGAGUUUAUUUUUUGUGAAUUCCUACCUUGUUUGUAUUACUGUCAGGGUUUUUAAAAAAAAAAUCCUUAUGUCUUGGAUGUAAACUUUUCUCUUGUAGAAGUCACAGACGCUGCUGCAUCACUGUAAAUGCUCUGAGACAUAGAAUUGAAGUAGUACUAAGUGAACAUUUGUUUAACAUUUUAAAGAAAAAUGCGUUGGCCGUAACUGUAGGUUUGGGGAAGGAUUAAGUAAGAUAUAUAGUUAAUUUUUUUUCACCCCUGAAGAAAAUAUAUCUUUGUUUAGGUAAACAUCCUGGAAGGGGAAUGUACUGUAACUAGAGAAAGGCAUUCUGGGUUGCUGGAGGAAGCAGUUGAAACUGAUGGUUAUCUUUUUUGUUGUUUCAAGUAGAUCUGUGUCUUUAACAAGGCAUUUUGUCCCCUUAUUUAGUACUGUAUAGCCGUGUAGUGUGAUAGACAAGAAUACUAACUCCAGAGGAGUUGAGCACUCACAUAUUUCCAGGUUAAGGGUUAUCAAAUUUGUAUUUCAGUACUGGGGUAGUGAUAUAAAUGUGUAAUAUUUGCAUGUAAACGUGAUACUUUUUUAUAGAGAAAACAUAAAAUCGGGUUUUUUUUCCUUGCCUCUCGUUUACUGACUGGUUUAUGGUAACUUACUUCUACCGUGGGGGCGGGGAAUGGGAAAUGGAGUAAAGUAGAUCCCUAAUAAAUGAAUUUUCUAGGUUCAGAAAUGAGAAGUAUCUUCACUGCCACAGCCAAAUCACUUCUCAUGCUAAAAAAUUUAAUGACACGUUUUUCUUUUGACUUUUAUUUGUGUUGCUUCCUUUGGGCCUAAAAAUACUUGUCACUUUGAGUGUACAAAGAAUGCACAUAUUUAAAGAAUGCACACAGCCUACAAAAAUAUGACUCAGAUCACACCUUUUAUAGCAGAGAAGUCUUGGUAUAGCAGUUUAACUUUAUAAUUUAAGUAUUCGUUGUAAAUGAUUUUGCUGCUAUCAUGAUACAGUGCUUGUUUUCGCAUUUAAGACAAAAUUAGAAUAAUUUGACAUUAGUGUUUUCCUUUUUACUUGAUCAUAUAAGCUCUCAACUUACACUGAAAGUUUGAGUAUGGAGUUUUUUCUUACAGGUAAUCUUUUGUAUCUAACCUUCAAGUCUUACAGGCCCUAUUGCUAUUUUAAGCAGGUGGUGAUGGCAAAUUCUGUAAACCCAUUUCUAAAUCUUACAAGUCUGAAGUAUGUAAAUCAUACCGUUUAAAAAUUAUUUGAAGCCUGGGCAUGUCACACACAAAACUAAAUAAUACUGUGAUGGCUUUUUGGGCUUACCAGGAAAUUAAGUAAUUUCCUAAUAAAUUAUGUGAUGACCUCACUAGCAUGUAAGUUCCAUGAGAAGAUGGAUUUUUGUCUGUUCACUUUUGUCUGACACGUGCUAGGUUCUUAUGACAUACUGGCUGACUGAAUUUUAAAUGGGUGUAUUCAGGUUCUACUCUUCUAUAGAGGGAAAUGGAAGUCCUAUGACAUGAUUUUUAACAGUGUGUAAUGGAAUUAAUCGUUGAAGUUGGGAAGGUCAUAGCAAAUGACAGAAGUCCCUUGGUCGGUAAAAUCCACUGGGAGAAAAUGGUGAAAAAGGUGUCAAGAUUUGGAAUACGUACAGGCACUUUUAAUUGUUCCAGUGACCCCAGAUACUGCAGGAGAAGAGGCUGGUUGCGAUCUACACUCAUUAUGUCUGUCCCACAAACGAGCACUUCUAAAGGGAAAGUCAUGCUUAAAGAAUAUAGUGGACGCAAGAUUGAAGUGGAGCACAUUUUUAAGUGGAUAACUGCUCAUGCAGCUUCUCGGAUCAAAACCAUUUAUAAUGCUGAACAUUUGAAAGAAGAAUGGAAUAAAAGCGAUCAAUAUUGGGUAAAAAUAUACCUAUUUGCAAACCUUGACCAACCCCCAGCUUUCUUCUCUGCACUAAGUAUAAAGUUUACCGGAAGAGUGGAGUUUAUUUUUGUUAAUGUGGAAAAUUGGGACAACAAGAGUUUUAUGACAGAUAUUGGUGUAUAUAACAUGCCGUCAUACAUUCUUAGAACUCCUGAAGGAAUUUACAGAUAUGGAAAUCACACAGGUGAAUUUAUAUCCCUUCAGGCCAUGGAUUCAUUUUUGCGCUCAUUACAACCUGAAGUAAAUGAUCUGUUUGUUUUGAGCUUGGUUCUAGUUAAUCUUAUGGCUUGGAUGGACUUAUUUAUCACACAAGGAGCAACCAUAAAGCGAUUUGUGGUUCUCAUAAGCACUUUAGGGACAUACAACUCUCUGUUAAUUAUUUCCUGGCUACCUGUGUUGGGCUUUUUACAGCUCCCUUACUUAGAUAGCUUUUAUGAAUAUAGCUUAAAAUUGUUGCGAUAUUCUAAUACAACCACACUGGCUUCAUGGGUAAGGGCAGACUGGAUGUUCUAUUCUUCCCACCCGGCCCUAUUUCUCAGUACGUACCUUGGACAUGGUUUACUAAUUGAUUACUUUGAGAAGAAGAGACGGCGCAACAGCAACAAUGAUGAAGUCAAUGCCAAUAACUUAGAAUGGUUAUCAAGUCUGUGGGACUGGUACACCAGCUACCUCUUCCACCCGAUUGCUUCUUUUCAGAACUUUCCUAUAGAAUCUGAUUGGGACGAAGACCCUGACUUAUUCUUGGAGCGGUUAGCUUUCCCUGACCUUUGGCUUCACCCUCUGAUACCAACUGAUUACAUUAAAAAUUUGCCAAUGUGGCGAUUUAAAUGUCUUGGAGUCCAGUCUGAAGAGGAAAUGUCGGAGGGUUCUCAAGAUAUUGAAAAUGACUCAGACAGCGAGAGCACAGACACUUUUAGCAGUGAAAAGGAAGUAUUUGAAGAUAAAGAAAGCAUAGUUCACAAUUCUCCAGGAAGAGCAAGUCACUGUGAUGCUGAGGCUUGUUCAUGUGCCAAUAAAUAUUGUCAGACCAGCCCAUACGAAAAGAAGGGGAGGUCAUAUGGAUUAUAUAAUGCUAAUGAAGAUAUGGAGCCUGAUUGGUUAACUUGGCCUGCUGAUAUGCUGCACUGUACUGAAUGUGUUGUUUGCCUAGAGAAUUUUGAAAACGGAUGUUUGCUAAUGGGGUUGCCUUGUGGUCAUGUGUUCCAUCAGAAUUGCAUUGUGAUGUGGCUGGCUGGGGGCCGACACUGUUGCCCUGUUUGCCGGUGGCCUUCUUAUAAAAAAAAGCAGCCGUAUGCACAACACCAGCCCUUGUCAAAUGAUGUCCCAUCUUAACCAUGUGCAAUUUGUCCUUUAUAAGCUUUGAGUAUCUUACAGCUUGCCUUUUUAAUGUUAGUCACAAUGUUUUUGUGGUUUGAAGUUUAGUUUAAUGUUAGUGCAGUGACAGGAAAUACACAUUAUGCUAAUGUUGAUGACAAUUAUUUGGUUGCCUUGUGUGUCAAUUGAAUGCAUACUUAAUUGUAAAAAUUUUUAUUUACAACAUUGGAAAUUCAGAAGUUAAUGUUUUUUGUAAGCACAAAAGAAGUAUGAUAGAAAUUUAUCCUAGCAAGACUUUACAAGGUAGGAUCAAAUCCUAAUGGAAUUGAGGCAGUUUCUUAUCCUAAAUGUUUCCUCCCUUUUUACAAUCUCUGUCCAGCACCUCUUGAUUAAAUAAUGUAUGCUCUGAGACAUGAAAUUAAAACGGACCUAUGAAAUAAAUUAUUGUAAAACCAGAA